UGAUGUUGGAAAUGUUUGGGAUUCUCAUCUCGAGGUGGAAGGAGGGGUCUUCACGAUGCUGAUGUACCUAAUCUCUCCCUGUUAACAAAACUAUUAACUGCAAGAAAUGUCUUCUUAGGGAGGAACGAAGCAGGAUUCCCAAAUAGCAAAUACCUGUGAAUAAAUGCAUUUGUGAAAUAAUAAAUACAUAACUUCAAGGUUCCACCUGCCUUACUGCUAUCCUGUAGUAGCAUCAGAGACACGAUUAUAUUGUCAGAGGUUUCCAGUGACAGUCCAGGUGACCUGUUGCACGGUAGAUAAUUUCCCUACAUUACAUGCAGAACAGAAGACAUUUUGAAGUACUAUAUUCAUUUAUCUUGAAAGACUGUAGUAGCUUAUAAGGUGUUUUUUUACAUUUAUUUGUAAAUUCAUAUUGCAUCUACUAUGAUUUUAUAGAUGUGCAAAAUACCCUCCUGCACCUAUAAGGGUUAGAGAACGCAGAAGGCUUGAUUCAAAGUCAGUGUCUUGAUUGUCCUACUGUCUGCGAGCCUAAUAAGCAGUGUGAUGAGAUUAUUAUAUUCAUCCUGCAUUAUGAUCUCAGUGUGUACUGUAAACAAACUGCCUUCUGGAAAUUUGAUACAGAAUAUAACGGGGGGGAAAGCUUAAUAGUAGAUUGAUGAGUCAUUUUUUUGCACUCAGAAUUUUCCAUUGAGGCAUGUAAAGAUAAAGAGGACUAUUUUUCACAUUAAGCCAUCAGAAACUGGUGCAGAUUUUUCAUUUCUAUACAGGGAGGAGAGUUUCUCUUUCUAGGUGUGAUAUUUUCAGCUUUCAUAAAUGGAUUGCCAAGGGCUAAAUAAAUGUAAUGGUAGCAAGCGUUUUUCCUGCUCUGCUCUGAGACUUUUAGACACAGCCAUCACACACCCAGUCAAAUUCAGCUGAGUAACAACUGAAAAAAGUCAAAUUUAUUUCUGCUAUGUAAUUUAUGAGCUGCUUAUAAGGUUCCUGCUACCCCGGCAGUACUGUUCAUUAUCAUAUUUGAAUGUUGUACUUAAUACAGAAAUACUAAGGAUGUGUUUUUAUUGCUGCCUGGGCUUCUCGAGGCACUACGUGCCACCCGUCAACAGCUGCACCGGGAUGGGUUUGCAGUUAUCGCUGUGCCCCGACCACCUUCACAAAGAAAACCAUUUCUGAGAAUGAAUUCAGUAUUUCAGUGCAGUCAGAGAAAUGGUGUUACCCCUUUCUUGUUGCUGUGACACAGCUGCCCAGGAAACAUUGCAGCCCCUGCUUAAAACACACUGUGACGGCCGCUCUCCGGAAACCAUCCUCGUGUUGUUUGACAACACUGUCUGUGCUGUUGCCCAGGGAACAAUAGGACUGGUUUCUAAAAACACUCAUUAAGUUGAUCUGAAUGUUGUCUCUCCUUCCAAACUGCCCGGUUCACGUACCCCCAUCCCAUCCACAAACAAGCAGGGGAAGAACGACAGGAGAUUUGUUUGUGUGGGCUCCUCUGCAGCUGGGAUGCGAGCAGCGACAGGGCGCCUGCCGGCACUCCCUCAUCUCAAGCACUCGGGAACAAGUACGUGCUUCAAAAUCGGAUUUGCCAGAGCCAAUAUACUGAGCAAAGAGUUACUUUAAAUAGCCAAGAGGAAAUACUGGAAGGGAUGGUGAAGUCUGCGUUUUCCGGGGCCCUAGAUAAUAAAUUUGGGGCUAUUCCCAGAGAGGCAGUCGGGUGGAAGUAGACUUGCUUUCCUUGGGAAGUCUUGGAGGUAAAACUUCAGUUGUCAUGGACAAAAAUGGCCUUGACGCAGGGAAUUUUCACCUUAAGUAAUUUAUUGCUGUUAUCACAAAUUUCUAAUCACUGCUUUGGGUGAAUAAGCUGUGAACCAUUAAGCAAAUACUUAAGUAAACACCUUUCCUUCCCCUCCUAGUCUCAGUUUGCCUUAUUUUUGAGUGGGAUCCACUCAGUCCACUCCACUUCCUUCAAGGAGGUGAUGGUGGUGCAGGAGGUUGGGGCCGAGGAAAGGAUCUCUGCCUCCUGCUGCUCGGUGAUUAUUGCCCCUUUUCCUCUGCUCCUCCACGCUGCUGUCUCUGCCCCGAUUGGGAUUAAUUCAAGAGAACAUUUUACUAUAUCGGAAAGUAAUUCUGUGGACACAUUGUGGCUCUGUUACUUGUAUUUCUGGAUGAUUUCAAAUGCUGAUAGCAACCUGAAAAAUUCCAGGGAUGUAAGGGAAUGGCUGUUCUUUAUCUUCUGCAUGAAGUGGAGUCUUCCAACUAGUAAAACUGCUGGUUGUAAUAGUAAAAAGAAAAAGAAAAGCCUCCCCCCACGAAGGCAUUCAAGUGAGCUGCUUUGUGCCAGGAAUUCUUUCCCAUUUGGAGAACUGCAGUAGCUGCUCGGAGCCCCAGCCCAGAGGUGCAGAUUUUGUUGAGAAAGCAUUUUCAAUUCAGCAUUUUUCUGUUCAAGACGCAUCGCUUUUCUUGUUAUGUGACUGUGGGUUUGGGAGUGAGCUUCUAAUUUCAUCUUGAAGCUACCAUGGAAAAAGGAAGGAAAAGGCUUUUGCCAGAGAAAAGGCAAUGUGUACAAAGGCAAAACCAGAAAAAGUCUGCAGACCCCAAGAUACUCACAAGCACAAAGCAGUAAAACUUGUGCAGUUGCAAAAACAUCACCUGGGCAGAACCGGGCAAAUCGCAACUAUGAAUAAUUUUAAAUAACACCGUUAUUGAAUAAUAUUAAAGGAUUCUUAAAAAUAAUCAGAGAAACGAAACCCUCGAGCUGCAGUUAAUGUUUAACUUUCCUCCUCAAGUUUUCUGCUUCUCAAGAGUGAGAUUAUUUUGCAGGGAUUUCUAUAACUACAAAGAUUUGUUCAGUGUUUUAGAGACCUGAACAUGAAAAUUUCAAAGUAUAUCAAACCGCUUGUAAGUUAAAAAGAAAAAAAUCAGGAGUAAAAAGUGAUGCUCUCAAAGGUGCAAAGCCCCUUCAAAUCCCAAGCCCUGCUUUCUGCUCGGUCCCCGCUGCCCCGUGUCCUCCUGUUAAGACAGUUGCAGAGCAGAAAAGACAUUUCCCGAGGGGCUGCAGAGGGACAUGUGUCUGAGCUGCCACAGCCCCUCAUUAGCAUCAGCAGCUGCAGCCCAGUUGCACCAUGGAGAUAAUUGCGCUAUGCAAUUAGCCGGGCUCCUCCGGGGCUCCUUUGAAGGCAGAGGGAGGUGGAAGGAGGUUGGGCUUUUGCUCCCAGGCUUCCAGCUGGACCCUCCAAGAGCUCCUGCCCAUCCCUGCCCUGGGCUUGCAGAGGAGGAGAGCUCACCCUCCUCCUCCUCCUCAGGUGAUGGAGUAACAGGGAAAUCAGAGACACCAAAAUGAAGGUCAACAACACCUUGGCGAAGGCGCUGUAUGACAACAAGGCAGAGUGCUCAGAUGAGCUGGCCUUCCGCAAAGGAGACAUCCUGACGGUUGUGGACCAAAACGUCAUCGGCAGUGAGGGCUGGUGGAAAUGCUCCCUCCAUGGCAGGCAGGGCCUGGCCCCCGCUAACCGUCUCCAGCUCCUCACCGCCUCUCCAGCUGCCCUGCUGUCUCCUCCCACCUGGAGUGACUCUGCAGAGUCGCCCGUGGGCCAACAAAACAUCUACCAGGUUCCCUCCAUCCCCAAGCCUACGGUGUCAUCAUCUACCUAUGAGAAGAUGGAGGGAUGGGUUAAAUCUCCAGCGAAGGUCUCUACUCUGCCUGCCCCAGGAAUAUAUCAGGUGCCACCCUUGGCUGCACAGCUGCUCAGUGAGAAGACCCAAAGCUCAACAAACCAGCACCUGUUUACUCUCCCGAGAGCAUGCCGAGCGUCAGUCCCAAAUAUCAGGAGUGAGGUGUAUGAUGUUCCAUCCACACAGCGCCGGGAGUCCUUAUUCACAAAGAGUGGUGCCACUCCACCCACUGCACGAAAGGCCUCUCUGCUGGUUAGAUCGACCGAGUGUUUCCAAGAAGAGCAGAAGCAGCUUUACAACACCUCGUCCAGCCCAGAAAAAGCAGCAGUUGUUACCCAGAAAGACUCACCAGCGGGCAAUCUGUAUGAUGUCCCUCCCAAAAGAGAAACUGAUGUUUCAGAAAAUGAAUCUCAGAAAAAGUUCUGGGGCCAUUACAAUACACUGCCAAAUCCUCGAAAGUCAGAAUGGAUUUAUGAUAUUCCAGUAUCGCCUGAAAAGACAAGGUUAAAACAAAACCCUUCUGGUCAUUCCUUGGAGAACCAGGUGCUGUACGAUAUACCACCGGCCAGGUACAAGGCACUGACAACAAAUACUGAAGCCAAAGUUGUAAAUCCACAAUUAUAUGAUAUUCCACCAACACAACGGAAAUUAACAUUUCCAGAUAUCCAUCUCUACGAUGUUCCAUCCUCACGGGAUGUGCUUCUUUUGCCACAAAACAGUGAUGCACCUCCAAGUCUGCCAGCAACAAAAGCUGAGAAUCAGAUCUCUGAGGAGAAUGUUUAUGAUAUUCCAAAAGGUUUGCCCACUGUUUUGCAGUCCAAGAAAGAGAUGGAAAAAAACAGCGAUCGUUCUGGAGACCAAGCAUCCAGUGCUCCUCCACAGCUCUCAAGAGAUGCCAAAUUAGAACAAGACAGAUUAUCUGUUUCAAGUGUGGAUAGCAGAAGCAGCACACUCUCUACAUCCUCAAGCUCUUCUGCAGAGUCUUUUUCUAUGCCAUCAUCAGAAGAGCCUGUCAAAGAAAUUAAACUGGACCUUGAUGUAGCCAUAGAGACACUGACUAGAUUGCAGCACAGCGUAUCCAGCUCGGUUGCCAGUUUAAUGAUCUUUGUGAGUAGUAAGUGGAGAUUACAAGAGCACCUGCAGAAAAGCAUUGAAGAAAUCCAUAGAGCAGUCGAUCACAUAAAAGUAUCACUGGGAGAAUUCUUGGCCUUUGCUCAAGUUGUAAAGGUAAAUGCUUCUAACCUCACUGAUAAUAACCUCCAGAUCAGAAUUAAAAAACAGCUGGAAAUUCUCAUGAACUCAUUCAAAAUCUUAACAGAAACGAGAGAAGCUCUGAACAACUGCAACUGGUCACUGGAGGCUUUGGUCCUCAAGAAACCUCAGAACAAUCCAGAUGAUCUUGAUCGCUUUGUUAUGGUAGCCCGCACAAUUCCAGAUGAUAUCAAGAGGUUCGUAUCCAUCAUCAUUGCCAAUGGAAAGCUUCUCUUCAGAAAGAAUGAGAAGGAACAAGAAAUGAAGCUAUCAAAAAUUAACCCAGAACACAAAAUGGCAAAACAAAUCACAGUGCCAAGAAUAGAAAUAGAUUCACUACAAAGAAAUACUUCUAAUGAACCCAACCAAAGUCAGCCCUCUUCUGAGAAACCAAAAGAAAAUGCCACUGAGGACUGUGAUUACGUUCAGUUACAGGCACAGAAAAUCAUUUCAGGUAAAGAAGUAGCAAAGAAGAGUACAGAUUCUAAACCAAAGGUUUUGCCAUCUGCAAAAAAGGCUGUAAUACAAAGCAAGCAGGACUCUGGAAAGAAAAUCGCUCUCCCUGAACACUGUAGGUUGUGUUUCAGUGCACUUCACAAGGCAAUUGGUGUAUUUACUAAUAGCCUAAGCAACAACCAGCCACCCGAAGUCUUCAUAUCCCACAGCAAAUUGAUCAUUAUGGUGGGGCAAAAGCUGGUGGAUUGUCUCUGCCAGGAAACUCAAGAAAGAGAUGCUCGGAAUGACAUUCUCCACAGCAGCAGCCAGUUUUGCAGCCUCUUGAAGAAUCUGGCUCUGGCCACCAAAAAUGCUGCAAUACAAUAUCCAAACACAGAUGCCAUAAGAGAACUUCAGGAUCAAACUGAGGAGCUGUGGAAGUACACACAGCAGUUUAGAGCAAUGAUGGAAUGAAAGGCACUUCGCUGUUUUUACAAAAGCUCCAUUGUUAUGAUUCUCUUUGCUCCUUUGACAUGUGGCAGCCAAGGAGGGCAAAUGCAGCUCAGUGACACCAACUUUUUGGUCUCCUCUAGAACUCCCUGGGUGUUGGUGCACUUUUAGCAGGUGAAGAUCCACCUGCUAAAUUCAAUCUGUAUUUUCUUCUCCACUGUUCAGAUCCUGCCUGGAAGUGUCAUCAUCUUAGUGGCUGGCCAGGAAUGUUUGUUGUGUCUUAGAGCAAGACUAUUUUAUUAUCUGGCCAAUUUCUUAUUUCUUUAAUUUUUAUAUAGGUCAAAUAAAUAUAUUUUAUUUUAUUUUUUAUAUUUGGGUAUGUAAAGUUUCCCUUUAAAUUUUGCUGCACAAUGUUCUGUAAGUUAUGCUGCCCCUUUAUUAAUUGUUUCUUGAGGACUUUACUCAAAAUUUGUAAUAACAAUGUAUUUUCUAACAGCUCCAAAGCUAACUUUUGUUCUUCAUAUUCAAAUGCAAUUAAUGUAUUACAAGGCAAAAUCUGGCAGGCACUAUGCAUAGCCUAGAUGUUAGUGGGAAAUGCUGCAGCUGGUAUCUGAGCACAGAAGAAAAACUGACUUGGAGGAGUAUGGUGCCCUGUCCCUGGAAACAUUCAAGGUCAGGUUGGAUGGGGCUCUGAGCAAGUUGAUUUGGUUGAAGAUUUCCCCGCUCACUGCAGGGGGUUGGACUAGGUGAUCUUCAUUGUCCCUUCUAACCCAAACCUUUAUAUGAUUCUAUGAGUCCUGGAUCCUGGCAAAAUCCUUGGGGAGCCACCUUGGCCAUGCUCCAUCGCAGCCUGAAGCUGUUCAGAGCAGUGCUCCAACUGAAGCAGAACUGGUUCGAGUUGCUAAAUUCACCAGAGGCUUUGGACGAGCUCUCCCACAGCCAGGGAAGUUGGUAUUGUUUUUCGCACUGAUGAAGCUCCCGCAGGGCUUGGACCCACCAUUACUGCAGAUUCAUUUAACUUCAUCCUCAUAUUUGCUGGAUCUGAAAUACGGCGAUGAAGGCCCUGCCACCACCCAGCCAGCCUGUUUGUACACCUGCAUUAUUUGUAUUUUUCCUAAUUAAUUUAUUUUGAAGUUUUUAUCUGGAAUAUCAAAAUUGGGUCUGUCUUGGCAACAUGACACAGUUUCUUUGCUCUGAAAAAACAGACAAUUAGCGUUGUGAGCAGGUAGAGCAAAUUUGGACUGUGACAGUGCUCAUGCUCGUGGUGUGGCUGUAGAAAACCCAGCACCAUCAUCCUUUUCUGUAUGAUUUUCAUUUGGCACUCACUGCAUUUUAUACUGUUAUUUAAACGCCAACAUUUGCAAAUAUUUGA